AUGUCUUCAUCUCUAUCCACCUCUCACUUCCGCCCACUACACAUCCCGCCCCUCCUCGCCGCUACAUCCAUGGGCAUCGGAGCCGUAGUCCCGCUCUGGAACCCUGUGGCGGCGAUCCGAGCAUUCGGGCUUCCGGACCGCAUCGCGACAUCGCCUCCUGCGCAGGCGGUCUUCAAGGUCUACGGCGCCCGCAGUACGUGUUUCGGGGCGGCUAUCUGGAUCUUCUACCUGCAGGGCAAAUUGGAGGCUGUCGACACCAUCCUCGCCCUGCAGUCCUACGCUACUGUCGUCGAUGCCUGGGUCUGCUGGCGUGAGGGGGUGCCACGCACGGCACUCAUGAGAGCCCUCGCUGGCGUGCUUGUUGGGGGUUGGGGCCUCUUGGGACUGACGCAGAGGUUCAGGUAG